UUUUUUUUUUUAACCCAAUCCCCAGCCUCCAAAAUGAUGCUCAGUCCGGACCAAGCUGCCGACUCGGACCACCCCAGCUCCGCUCCCUCGGACCCCGAGUCGCUGGGCGGACCGGACGCUAAGGUGCUGGGCAGCGUGUCGGACCUGGAGCCAGUGGAGGAGAGCGAGGCCGAUGGCAAGGGAGGCAGCCGAGCCACGCUCUACCCGCACCCGCAGCAGCUGAGCCGCGAGGAGAAGCGGCGCCGCCGCCGAGCCACCGCCAAGUACCGCUCGGCCCACGCCACCCGGGAGCGCAUCCGCGUGGAGGCCUUCAACCUGGCCUUCGCCGAGCUCAGGAAACUGCUGCCCACCCUGCCCCCGGACAAAAAGCUCUCCAAGAUCGAGAUCCUGCGCCUGGCCAUCUGCUACAUCUCUUAUCUCAACCAUGUGCUAGACGUGUAGGGACUGGGGUCCAGAGGGAGCCGGCUCGUCUGUCUCUGAGGCCUGGACAGACCGAGGCGGCCGCGGCCGGGACAGUGGUAUUGGGGUUGCAGGAGGACGCAAUGCUGCUGCUGCUGCUGCUGCUGCUGCCGCCCUGGAAUGACUUUGCGAGGGGAGAAGCUUGGAAAAUACUCUGCCUAGGGAGAAGGGAAAGGUGGGGCCCCCCCUUCUGACCUCGAUGGGGUGGGAGGGAAAAGGGGAGCAUUGCGAUUCCGGGGAUGCAAAAAGGUUUUUUUGUUUUUGUUUUUCGGGCCAGGAGUACCUCAUGAACCCCAGCUGAGAUAGCCACCUCCAGGCCGCCUCUCUUCUGACUGUCUAUUACUAUCCCUUGCAUGGGUCAGCUUGAGCUAACUCGAGGGCUUGCAUUUUUUUUUCACCCUGAUCUACCACCCCAUCUUUUCUUUUCUCGUUUAAAGGAGGAAGGCAAAAGCGUGUCUUAGGCUAGUGGAAAUUUUUCUCCUUGAAAAAAAAAUCACCAGUCAGAAAAAAAAAAAAAAAAAAAAAAAAAAAGAAAACCUCUUCCACUGUGGAGAUUAAGGGCCCUUUCAAAAGCUUUUCUUUCUGUAGUGACAAGAAAUGAUGUAGAAAACUGGCAAAAACAAACAAAACAAACAUACAAACAAAAAGCAAGUUGGCUGUUUUGCAAGGCUAAAAAGAGAACCAGGAGGAAAUAAACACAUUGUGAGGAGAUUUGAACUUGGCAAGAUCUUAGCUGCAAGAUAUGAAUAUAGAAAGGAAAAAAAAUCCAUAUUUACAUGGAUAAUUUAAUAUCAAAUUGCUUUUUCAGGCUAAGUGCCCCUUUACAUAUCCAAAAACAUCUACUUGUGACCUUAAACAUGUGACCCAUGGGUGCAGUUAGAAAAUAAUAACAGAACUAUUUUUUAUUUAUGUUAUAAGGAGUAGACUAUUUUUUUCAAAACAUUUAUUUUUCAGAGUGGUGACAAUUUUACUUUGGAUACUUUGUGCCAAUUUAUUUCUAUAGUCGAGUGUUUACACUUUUUCCUGUGGAAUAAUUAUGUCUAACUUUUUAAGUGUUUGUUGGGGUUAUCCAGUGGUCUUCAUUUUGCGCCAAUUAUAUUGCACUUGUAUGACAAACGCUCCUCCCUGUUUCUAAACAUAUUUUAUAUAUUCAGAUGUUUGUUCUUGAAAGUUUUUUUUUUUGUGUGUG